AUGCUGUCUACAGACGGGAGAUGGAAGCUCACCCCGCGGCUUCACUCCGUCAAGUUCGUUUUCGACGCGCCAACCCCGGCGGACUCGCCGACCCCAGACGAGAUCGUCUUCGAGAACCCGUUCCCGGCCGGCGUCCCGGGCGUGCCCAAGCGCUUCGUCUUCAGAUCCCCCACGACGCGAGGCCCCGAGCAGGAUGACACGCACACGGUCCACGGUCCUCCAGGGCAUGGCCACGACUCACCCGACGCCGGGACGCCACCUGGAGAAGCGUUACUUGCCGUCAGUCGUCACACUCGAGCAUCUGUGUUCCUGAGAGACGUCGCAGACUCGACUGCUGCUCUAUCUGGUGUCCCCAAGACUGAGCCCUGGUUGAAGGCCCCAGCACCGGACAAGAACGAAUCCCAAACUACGGUCAUCGCCCUCUCGGCCGCGGCCCCGGAUACGCAUGAGUUGUCGGACUUCCUCUCCGACUGGGCGAUCCGACUCGAGUGCCGGAUCAAAGAGCAAGAACUGGAGCUCUCGGCCACUUUCGACCAUCACUUCUCUCGGCCGGCGGUGCGACUCCUACUAAACGACGUGGAGCAUGUUCUAUGGCAGCUAGACAACCUGUUCGGCGAGAAGACCACGCUGGGAAAUGUCAAGAUGCUGAGCCCGGCAAGCCAGCGUCAUCUUGUACAGUUGAACAGGCCACUACCGAAAGAAGAACAUGUUUUGGUUCAUGAUGUGAUUGACCAACAGGUUCAGUCAGAGCCGCACGCCCCGGCUAUCUGCGCCUGGGACGGCAACAUGUCGUACUCCCAGUUGCAGCAGUGUACCAAACAGCUUGCGCAUCAUCUCUCAAACAUGGGCGUCGGCCCGGAAGUCCUGGUUCCCGUCAUCUUUGAAAAGUCACUCUGGAGCGUCGUCGCCAUACUGGCGGUGGUGAGGGCCGGCGGCGCCGUCGUAGCUCUUGAUCCGUCGCUCCCGGCCGCUCGGAUCCGUAUGAUCGUCCAGGAUGUAAAGGCAUCCGUCGUAAUAUCGUCUCCUGGCAGCCAAUACCGGAUCCCCGAGGAGAUACUCCCGGGCAACAGGGUUAUCGUCGACGAAUCGUUCUGCAGAAGGCUCCCGGCCAGGACGGCGGCGACAUCACUUCCACCCACGAAGCCGCCUUGGACCACUCCGGACAACGCGCUCUACGUCGUCUACACGAGCGGAUCGACUGGGAAGCCCAAAGGCGUCGUGGUGCCCCAUGCGGCAUUCUGCUCCAGUGCCAAGGGGUUCUCCAAGGCCAUCCGCCUCGACUCCCCCAGCGCCCGCGUGCUGCAGUACUCCUCCUUCUCGUUCGACAUCUCGAUGCUGGAGAUCCUGUCGACACUGAUGGUCGGCGCCUGUCUCUGCAUCCCGUCGGAGGAGGAGAGGAUGAACAACCUGGCCCGGUGCAUAUCCAGCAUGGGUGUCAACUGGGCCAUGUUGACGCCCUCGGUGGCGAGCCUGAUGAGCCCGGAAGAAGCCCCGGGUCUGGAAGUCCUCUGCUUCGUCGGAGAGGCGCUCCCGCAAGCCGUGGCCGACACCUGGGCCGGCCACGUCCAAGCCAUCAACGCCUACGGCCCCGCCGAGUGCUCGGCCAUCACCAUCGUCAGCGAGCCCAGGACCAAGGGCGUCAAGAGCAUAUCGCUCGGGAGACCGGCGAACUGCGCCGUCUGGAUCGUCGGCGAGGACGGGCGGCUGGCGCCCUUCAACACGGUCGGCGAGAUCGUCAUCGAGGGGCCGCCCGUCGCCCGUGGCUAUCUCGGCGACAGGGAGAAGACCGGUGCCGUCUUCCUCGACGAUCCGGGCUUCCUCCGCGGCGUGACGAGGGACUCGGGACGAUGCUACCGGACGGGCGACCUCGGGAGGAUGAGGGUGGAUGGCUCGGUAGACUUCUUGGGGAGGAAAGACGGCCAGGUGAAGAUCAACGGCCAGCGUGUUGAGCUUGGCGAGGUCGAGCACCACCUGGCGCGAUGUCUGGGCUCGACGAAUACUCCCGGGUCCCCGAAGACCACCUGGGAUGUCGCAGUCGAGCUGCUCCGGCCGAUCGGAGCUGACCACGGCAUCUUGACGGCGUUUGUGACGCCUGCUUCAAAGUCGUCUACUGGUGUUACUACAGACGGCCGAAUAGAGAUACUGGUCAGCGAAACAGAUCGAACGUGGCAUGAUACCAACAGCCGGUUCCGAGAGGCUUCGGCCGAGCUUGCGACUGUCCUCCCGGCUUACAUGGUCCCCAGGGCAGUCAUUGCUUGCCAUAGACUGCCACUAUCGCCCUCUGGGAAAGUCGACAGGAAAUCUCUCCGCGGUCUCGGGAACGGAAUGACCACGCAGCAGCUUCUUCGGUCCCCUGCGCGAGGCGAGACGGCAUCCGAAGUUGAAACAGAGACAUCUGUAAUAUUACCGCCCGGCGGCCUCCCCGAGUCUGAAGCAGGCUCCUCGGUUGGACAGUUCACCAUCUCUUCCGGCAACACAAAACCCUCAUCCGAAGCAUCAUUGUCUCUGUUUAGCCCCUCAGACUCUGAAGUGACACCGAUCGAGGCUGUUCUGCGCAAGGCCUGGGCUAUGGUGCUGGGCGUCCCAGGCGACACCAUCUCGCCCGAGGACGACUUCUUUGCGCUCGGCGGAGACUCGAUCGGCGCCAUCAAAGUCGUUGCCGCGUGCCGCCGACUUGCGCUGCAGAUCAACGUCGCCAGCAUCUUCAAGAACUCGGUGCUACGGAGGAUGGCCCUGGUUUGCAAACGCGCCGGCGAGGACGACGAGGACAACCCGGCACGCUCGGCUCGCUGCACCACUACGCCCUUCCAGUUCCUCGACCCCGAUGCCGUGCCCGAGCUUCGUGAGGAAGCCUCCUUUCAGUGCGAUGUCAGGGCCGAGGACAUCCAAGACUUGUAUCCUUGCACCAACAUGCAGGAAGGUCUCAUGGCGGUCAACCUCACGCGGCCGGGGAGCUACACCGGCCGAUGGAUCCAUUCUCUUCCCCAAGACGUGGACCUCGCGCGCUUCAAGAGCGUCUGGGAGCAUAUCCACGCCACGUCGCCGAUACUCCGGACGCGGUUCGCAACGACGGCGUCCGCGGGCUCUCUCCAGGCCGUCAUAAGGGAAAGGGUCCGAUGGCUCGCGCACCACGACCUCGAAGCAUACCUCGACGAGGACGACUCCCGGCCCAUGUACCCCGGCGACCCGCUCAACCGCUUCGCGCUCGUGACGUCCGGGGACGGCGCCGUGACGUUCGUGUGGACCAUCCACCACAUGCUCUACGACGGCUGGUCGCUCGCCAUGCUCUGCAGUAGACUCAACGACCUCUACCACGGACGCGUCGCGAAACCGGCAACCGACUACCGCCGCUUCAUCGCCUAUACCCGCGAGCUCUCGCCCAGCGCAUCCGAGUAUUGGAAGAGGGAGCUGUGGGGAUCUCCGGCGUCGAGCUUCCCGGCGGCCUCGCCAGAUCCGCGUCAUCAGUCGUUUGCCAGGGCUGUCGUCCGAGACGAACUCGCCAUCGACAUUGACCCGUCGUCCGGAGUCACCAUGUCGACGUUUGUGCGCGCAGCCUGGGCUCUCAUGGUCGGCCACUUCUCAGUCUCGGAUGAUGUUCUGUUCGGAGCAACGGUCUCUGGCAGGAAUGCGCCCCUCGACGACAUCGAGAGCGUUGAAGGACCGACCAUCGCCACCGUUCCGGUCAGGGUCCGCAUCGACAGGAAGCUGGCCAUGGUCGACUUCCUCCGCCGGAUCCAAGACCAGGCGGCUUCGAUGAUCCCCUUUGAGCAGACGGGCAUCCAGGGGAUCAAGGCCCUAAACGACGACACGAGGCGGGCCUGCGAGUUCCAGAACCUGCUGGUUGUCCAGGCUGGCGGCGGCUGGGAGGAGACCGGACCGGGCCCCCUCCUGAAGCCGGCCUAUCGAGAAGAGUACACGACUUUCCCAGUCACCUGCGAGGCCUGGCUGCACCCUGGACGGGUCGAGUUCGCGACGCACGUGGACGAGGAAGUGACAAGCCGGGUCUUCGUGGCGCACGCCAUCGAGACUGUCAAGAUCAUCAUGACCCAGCUCGCUCGGGCUACCAUCGGGACGAGCUGUUCCUCCCUCAAGAUUGCCGACAUUGCCUUUGACAAGGUUUCAUGCCUCUCACAGUCUGUUUGCGACAACGAUCAGGAACCCGUCAAGGUCUCGGCGAUGCUGCACGAACUCAUCACAAAGCAGAGCCGAGUCGAGCCCGAGCGGGACGCAGUCGUCUCGACGACCGAUCGUCUAUCGUAUGCCACGCUGGAAAGCAUGGCUUCUGCACUGGGGCAACGACUCGUCGACAGUGGCGUAUCCCCGGGGGAUAUGAUUCCGAUGUGCUUCGAGAAGUCAGUUUGGACAGUCGUCGCCCUGCUCGGAGCCUUGAAAGCGGGCGCCGUCUUCGUCCCCCUGGACCCGAGUCAGCCAAUAUCCCGCCUGAGAGAGGUCGUCGCCCAAGUCAGAGCCAGGACUGUCCUCAUGUCGGCAUUCCAAGCAAAAGCAACAGACCUUGGCACUCUUGAGCGCAUCAUCGUCGACCGGGAAUCGCUCGAGAGGCCUGGAAGCUCUGAUGACCCCGAGAUGCUCGCCACUCGUUCCACACCCGACAGUCCAGCAUACGUUAUCUUCACCUCCGGGUCUACCGGGACCCCGAAAGGCAUCGUCGUAUCUCAUGCGGCAUUCGCCUCCAGCGCAGCCGCCCACGGUUCUGUCUUUGGCAUGUCUCGCGACAACCGCGUGCUCCAGUUUUCGGCGUACAGCUUCGACGCCAGCCUGUUCGAGAUUCUUACGACCCUCAUCCAUGGCGGGACGGUCUGCGUGGCUAUGGAAGCAGAGCGCUUGGAGAGCAUCGGAGGCUUCAUGCGGCGGAUGAAUGUCGACCUGGCCCUCCUGACGCCGUCCGUCGCCCGCAUCGUCGAUCCGGCAGAGGUCCCGUCGCUCCGGACCUUGAUUCUGGGAGGGGAAGCACCGGACGGGGUCCUGGUUAAGAAAUGGCGAGAUGCCGGGACGAGACUCUUCAAUGCCUACGGGCCGAGUGAGUGCUCCGUGAUCGCGGCCUGCCACUGUUACUCCGCACAUACGGACCCUCGGACCAUUGGUCUCCCUGUGGGUUGUUCUUCGUGGAUCGUUAAUGCGGAUGACAACGAAGCGUCUCUGGUUGCCGACGGAGAUAUCGGCGAGAUGCUUCUCGGGGGGGCGACCUUGGCUGACGGAUAUCUCAACGACCCGGCGAGAACAGCCGCGGCGUUCGUCGACAGUUCUUCAUGGCCGCUGGAGAGUCGUCCGAGAGACGCGGGUCGUCUUUACAAGACGGGAGACCUUGUCCGGAAGGACAGCGACGGGAACAUGGUUUACGUCGGCCGCAAAGACAUGCAGGUCAAGGUCAACGGCCAGAGAAUUGAGAUCGGGGACAUUGAAUCCCAUCUGUCGGGUUGCCUCCGGUUCCAGCGCGGAGUUGUUGUUUUCCCUACAAAAGGGCCAUUAUCAAGUCAGCUUGUGGUAGUGUUGGAAGCCGAAAAUAGCCAUAGGAGUGCCACUGGCCAUCCGCAUGCCGAAGAAAGCUGCAACAAAGAGGUGGAUGACAUCCGGCAAGAGCUGUCCGAGAAGGUCCCCAGCAUCAUGGUACCAGCCCACUGGCUUGGCAUCAACAAACUGUCUCAUAAAGGCUUUCCUCUCUCCGCCUCUGGAAAGGUGGACAGAAAGCUGAUCACGACUUGGCUCGAAGGCCUGUCGGGGCGAGAACCGAGCAUCUUUGGCAAGACGUCCCAGUCGUCCACAGAGCUCGCAGUUAUACUCCCAGACGACACCCCCGCCUACGAGUUGGCGGAAAAGAUCUACAGUCUGGUGCCUUCGAGGUCUCUUUCUCCCAGGUCGGCCAUCGCUGGGGGCUUCGACGACAUACUGCUUCACGCGUCCGGCCUCGACUCUCUCAAUAUGAUGUCGCUCAUGCACUUCAUCCACACGAAAUACCGGACCAGGGUCAGCAUGCAGUUCCUGAUGGACGAGCAGACCAGCAUCCGAUCGCUGGCGGCGUUUAUCUCCCGUUCCAGCCCAAGGCGAAACUCCGUCCAGGCAUCUGCGCCCCCGGCCACCAGCCAGACGAUCGAUAUCAUGGCUCAAGUCAACCGGUACGACGACGAGCUGUCUAGGCUGUCGGGAUCCGUCCCCGAAGCUUCGUUUAGCCGUCCUAAGAACAAAGACAGCGGCCUCAACGUCUUUCUUACCGGCGCAAGCGGCUACCUGGGCACACAGAUACUGCGCCAACUCCUCGAGCGUAGCGAUGUUGGCCGUGUGACAGCUCUCGUGCGCAGUUCAAGCCCCCAGGCAGCCAGGAGCCGGGUGGUCGACACAGCUCAAAAGGCCCUGUGGUGGACCGAGUUCCACGACGACAAGCUCGACGUCUGGGACGGGGAUCUGUCGCGUGCGCAGCUGGGCCUCGCACAAGAGCGUUGGGACCUCCUGGGCGACGGCCACUCUUUUGACGCCAUCAUCCACAACGGCGCCGCUGUGCACUGGAACAAAAGCUACUCGGCCCUCGAGGCAGUCAACGUCGGCUCGACCGUUCAGCUGCUUCGUCUCGCCAUCCGAAACCCAUCGCUCAGAUUCGCAUACGUCUCGGGCGGCCGGCAGUGGAGGAGCGAGGUGGAGAGGGACGAAGACGUUGCUCUCGAGCUUGCGAGCGCGAUGGGAUACAGCCAGACAAAGUUCGUCGCAGAGGUCCUGGUCAAGAGGGCCGCCGAGAGGUGUCGUCCCCUUUGGAGAAACAUUGCGGUAUACAGGCCGGGCCUCGUGAUCGGGACCGCCACUGAGGGCGUGGCCAACCUCGACGACUACAUCUGGAGACUCACCUCGGCGAACAUCGACAUUGGCGCUUACAACGCCGAUGACGAGGAUGCCUGGCUGCAUGUGUCAGACGCGGCCACGACUGCUGCCGGUGCCAUCCGCACCGCGCUCGAACCAACGCCACGGGGGAACGCCGUCGAAAGCCAAGAGGAUGGGAUGACAUGGGGUGGAUUUUGGAGGCUCGUCCAGGCCUCGGGGUAUCAUAUCCGCCCAACUCCGGCGUCUGAAUGGUUCUCGGCGCUUCCUCUGUUUGACACCCGAGUCAUUGCCUGUCCUGAAGAGAUCAAAGCGUUCUUUUACUGGGUCGCAGUGUACUGGUGA